GUUUCCGCCCUCGGCAAAACUUUUUUUAUUGCAUUCAGUAAACGAGUCAUCCAGUAUACGGCUUACUAUUUACCAAGGAAUAUAAAAACGGUAUGUACUGAGAUGAGGCAUUCACACUUCAGGUGCCAUCGAUCUACCAUACAACCAACAUGAGAGUAUUGAUCCUCACCGCCCUUCUGGCCUGCGUAUCAGCAGCGCCCUCUAUCCUGGCCCCGUUCCCAUACGCGCUCCCCGCCGGGCCAUGGGGCUUGGCACCCGUGCUGGUGGCUCCCACCAUCCCCCCCGGCGACAUCGAAGCUGCUGCUAUAGAUGCUCAGGUUAAAAUCGCCGACCAGGCCCGUUUCCUCACCGAUCAAGCCAAAGACGUAGCAGAGCAAUUGGUCGAAACCCAAAACCAGGAUGUGCUUAACGCUAACGAUUUAGCCAAAGAGAAAUCCGAGGAAGCCUUAUGGGCAGCUGAGGAGAAGAAAUGGCAAGCGCUCAACGAGGCACAAAUCGCUGAAGCGAAACUUGCAGGUUCAUUGGCCGCUGCUGAAGAGAAAGCGGAAACCAAAACUGCAGAAGCCAUUAAAAGCGAAGACAAAUCAGAAAUCAAAAUUGAAACAACGGAAAUCACACCUGAAGAUAAGAUGGAAGUUAAGGCUGCUGAAACAGAAAAGCCAGUAGAACUUGAAUCACCUAUUGAAGAAAAGAAAGAAGAAGCAUCCAUAGUAAAAUCCUCAACUCCCGAGGCAUCCAAAUUCGAAGAGGCAUUAGAAGCUUUCAAAACAGCUCUGAAACCUAUCGCGGUUAAACCAGAAGAUAUCUUAGAGGCUUUAAAACCUGCACCCAUUGCUUUCGCUCCAGGCUUAAAUUACCAGCCCCUAAUUGCGCCGCUACCCUACUACGGAUACAGUGCAUACCCUUACCAACAUAUGCCUGCUUUAUCCUACCAACCGACCAUAGUUAAGAAAGUGUGGUAACUGACUUAAAAAUAACGGAAGGCUAAUAAAUGUUACUGAUUUUAAAA